AUGUGGUUAUUGAGCGAGGUGCGCAGAGUUGGAUUGGAGCCAACUUGCAUGUCUUACAGUGCUGGAAUUAGCGCGUGCGAGAAAGGGGAGCAGUGGCAGCGGGCACUGUCGCUGCACUACGAAAUGUGCAAAGUGGAGCUCGAACGGGACGUGGUCAGCUUUAACGCUGUGAUUAGCGCAUGCGAAAAGGGCAACCACUGGGAAGAAGCGUUGCUUUUGUUCGGCGAGCUUCGGAAGACGAGCUUGGAGCCAAGUAUCGUCACCUAUAGCGCUGCAAUCAGCGCGUGCGGCGGAGCCAUGCAAUGGCAGCCGGCCUUGUGUUUAUUUGGCGAAUUGCGGGAUGUGGGUUUAGAACCGAAUAUUAUCAGCUACGGCGCUGGAAUUAGAGCGUUCGCCAGCAACGGGGACUGGUUGCAGGCAUUAGUGCUACUCGGCGAGAUAAGAGAGGCUAACGUAGACAUUGACAUCAUCAGCUACAACACUGGGAUGAAAGCGUGCGCGGAAGGCGGACAGUGGCAGCAGGCGCUAUCGUUACUCAACUGCAUGAGCGGAACGGAAAUGGAGCCGAACCUUAUCACCUACAACACUGCAAUUGACGCAUGUGGAAAGGGCGGGCAGUGGGAGCGGUCACUAUAUCUACUCCGGUGUGCGGGAGAGGCGGUGUUGGAACCAGACGUCGUGAGUUAUGCCACCGCGAUGUACGCGUGCGGAGAAGGGCAGGAAUGGGAAAGGGCGUUGUUUCUGCUCCACGAUUCGAGGCGUACGAAGUUGGAGCCGACUGUCACGGUUUAUUCUCUUGCAGCCGAUGUGUGCGAGAAGGCUGGACAGUGGGAGCAGGCCCUGUCGUUGGGCGACGCCAUUCGAGAUGUGGGUAUAGUGCCAGACCGAUCCUUCUACUGCUCGCUUAUCAGAUCCUCUCUGUCCAAGUAG